UUUUUUCGGCAUGCGCCGCAACGCAAAGCAUGCUGGGAUUCCGCUGUCAUGGCUCCACACCAACAACAUUAACGCAAUAAUCGCUUUUUAAAGACUCGCGAGAAUUCCUGUCAUAUUUGUAUCGUGGUUAUAAACCGGAAUAACAAGGAGCAGGGAGGAAAUCAUGGCCGGGCCGAACAAAGCAUUCGAGUUGCAAAUGCAAAUGCGGCAGAAUGCAGAGGACCUGCAGAGCUUCAUGAGGGAGCUGGAGACCUGGGAGACUGACAUGAAGACCAAAGAUGAGCAGUUGAGGAGGGGCGAGGAAGGGGACGCCAAGCCAAACCUCCCUCCCGUGCGUAACAAGGACUACAAAGCAAAAAUGAGGGCCAAGAAGAAGAUGAAGAUGGCCAACAACAGUGACUCCAGAGCGGAGGGGUCCGGCGCCAAGAAGCCGUCGAGGAUCAAAUCGAAUGAUUAUCGAUCGUGGGACAGUUUUGAUGUGGCCAAGGCUUUGGAGGAGGUGGAUAAGGAGGAAAGUCCCAUCGAGUCAGAUUCUGAGGAAGGUGAUCCGGAGCGAGCUUUAGCAGAGAAGGAAAAGGGCAACGCAUUCUUCAAAGAGGGAAAAUACGACGACGCCAUCGAGUGUUACUCAAGAGGGAUGGCUGCGGAUCCUUACAAUCCCGUUCUUCCCACGAACCGGGCCUGCGCCUUCUUCCGCCUCAAGAAAUAUGCCGUGGCCGAGUCGGACUGCAACCUGGCCAUCGCUUUAGACGGCAACUACUUUAAGGCGUACGCGCGACGAGGGGCGGCCCGCGUUGCACUGAAGAACUACGACGCUGCUUUGGAAGAUUACCAAACUGUUCUCAAGCUUGACCCCGGCAACCUGGAAGCGCAAAAUGAAGAGAAGAAAAUUAAAGAGAUGCUUGGACUUCAGGAGCCGAGUGGGCCAAGGUCACUUCAGGCAGAUCCCACAGAAGACCGGGACCAGCAAAGACAGACGGAAGAGCACCAAAGACGACAAGAGGCGGUCGUGCAAAAAGAUCGAGGUAAUGCGUACUUCAAAGAGGGCAAGUACGACGCGGCCGUGGAGUGCUACAGCCGAGGCGCCGAGGCGGACUGCACCAACGUGCUGCUGCCCGCCAACAGGGCCAUGGCCUUCCUCAAGCUGGAGAGGUUCAAGGAGGCGGAGGAAGACUGCACCGUGGCGAUCUCGUUGGACAAGACGUACUCCAAGGCGUUUGCGCGCAGGGGCACUGCCCGGGUGGGUUUGGGGAAGCUGGAGGACGCCAUGAAAGACUUUCAGGAGGUUUUGAAGCUGGAGCCAGGGAACAAGCAGGCCCAAAUUGAACUCCAGAAACUCCAAAUGGAUGGCGUUUCCAGCGGCUUCCUCCGAACACCCGACGGGUCCCAGAGGAGAACGGUGCAGCCCGUGGACAAAGAGGCUCACCUGCGCUCCACUAAGCCCAUGAGGAGGAUCGACAUCGAGGAGAUCAGCGGUAAGGUGACGGGACAGGAUGUGGCGAGGCGCCACGGGGGCCAGAGCUCGCCGCCGCCUCCCACCGCGAAGACGAUCCAGAUCCAGGAGAUACCGGACGCCCCCUCGCUACUGUCCGACCAACCUUCUUUAACGGCGCAAACCAAACAAAACCAGCCGGAGGAAAGCGUCCUUCCCCCGGAAUCAUCACACGAAGCCCCCCCAGUAAACCUCCCAGCCCCACCCAGCAAGAGUUUCCAGCUCGAAGCCGACCUGCGCGCGAUUGGAAACCAGCCGGAAGUGGUUUACAGAUACCUAAAGCAAAUCACGCCAGAGACGUACGCACGCAUUUUCCAGAGCUCGCUCGAACCUCACAUCCUCACUCAGAUUCUCCAGACGCUGCGAGAUUUCUACAUCCGGAACGAAGCUGCGGCCCUCACGGCGGACAUCUUGAAAAACCUAUCGAGCGUGAGGCGCUUCGACACGGCCGUCAUGUUUAUGUCUUCCUCGGAGAAGAAAGUGGUGAAAGAAAUAUUCGACUUCCUCCACCAAGCGGACGUGGACGCGUCAUUUGUACAAGCCUUACAGAAGAAGUACUGCGUGUGAGCUUGUCGGUUCAGGUUCUAACCUAUACUGGAUCCUCGUUGAAUUUCCUCCCUCGUGGAACAAAUGAGAGCUACGACACGUCAAAGUCAUCCCUGAAUAAAAAUGUAUUGUU